UCCCCCUUGGGUGUUCCCGAAGAUUCCUGGUGGCGUCACGUCUCCAUAGCGACAGUAUACACGAUCCCGCGCCACAGAUUACAGAAUAUUCCGUUUCCCGCCUUAGAUGCGGGCUACUUGUCUACUGAUUUCUCUGUAGCUGCUCCUAUUGCUGCUGCGGGUGUUGUCACUUUCGGCCCUUUUAUUGCCCUUCGGAGAGGUGUAGGGAGGCCGCCUGUGAACGCCUAUUGUUCCAGCCUGCACAAUCUCUGGACUUAACAACUAAUUGUUCUUUCAGUUAUGCCAAACAGAGAAGUACCCAGGAAGUAUACCAAUAGAGAGCAAGGAAAGGAAAAAUUAGGGGUUCCUAACAUUGAGGGACACUACUGAUAAAAGAAAAUAAAGGUAGGGAUUGAUGACUCAGAGAAUACUCGAGUUGGAAGGAUCCUUAGAAGUCAUCUUGUCUGACUUCAUUUUAUAGGUGAGGAAACUGAGGCACAAAGUUCAAAAGUGGUUUGGACAAGGCCAUUUAUCUCAUAAUUGACUUAGUCAAGGGACUUAAACCCAAGUUUUCUGAAUAUGCUAGACACUAACAACAGUGGAUUCUACAGCACAGACCUGGUAUUCUUUCCAGACUAUGCUAUGUGUGUGAAAGACUGAAAGAAAAAGCUUAUUUAAAACAAGAGGAGGUUUUCUCCAGUUGGAGAGUCGGGUGUCUUCAUAAAAGUCUCUGGAAAGAGAAAGGGUUAAGGGCUCAACAGGUAGAAUGGUCCCAGUGGAGAAAGUGAAUCCAGGUGCACAUGAGGGAAGUGAACAGGAGAACACAUCUGGGUAUGAGAAACAACAUUCUCUUACUAAAACAAGAAGAUGAAAGUGAGUAUGGAGACUCAACUACUUUCUGACAACUAACAAUGACCAUCAUUAUCAACAAGCAUUUUUUGAGCACCUGCUAUAUGCUGAGCAUAUUGCUAGACGUGGGGAGGGAUUCAUAAGAAAUAAAAGACACAGCCCCUGCCCUCGAGGAGCUUAAAAUCUAAAUGGGGAGACCGAGCAUUCCAAUGAAGCAACAUAAGGACAAGCAUCGCAUCAUAAAAAUGGGCACUCGAAAAAAAGUACACGCAUAUGUGCGAUUCAGACCCACAGAUGAAUUUGCUUAUGAUAUGAUCUCCUUUGGAGAAGACAAUAAGAGCGUUGAUAUUCAUAUCAAGAAAGAUACCCGAAAAGGAAUUGUCAACAACCAGCAGACAGACUGGUCUUUCAAAUUGGAUGGAGUUCUUCAUGAUGCCUCACAGGACAAUGUUUAUGAUACAGUUGCUAAGGAAGUCGUUGCUCAAGCUCUGGAUGGCUAUAAUGGCACAAUCAUGUGUUAUGGGCAAACAGGAGCAGGAAAAACAUAUACCAUGACUGGAACAACUGAAAACUAUAAGCAUCGAGGCAUCCUUCCACGAGCUUUACAGCAGGUUUUUAGGAUGAUAGAAGAACGUCCUACCCAUUCUAUCACUGUUCGGGUCUCAUAUAUGGAAAUAUAUAAUGAGACCCUAUUUGAUCUCUUGUCUACCCUUCCCUAUGUUUGCAACACGGACACACCAAUGAUCAUAGCGGAAAGUCCACAAGGAAUCUUUGUCAAGGGCUUGUCUGUACAUAUGGCUGGACGGGAGGAGGAUGCUUUCAGCCUCCUCUUUGAGGAUUGGUAUUUGUUGUAAGACUGAGGCAAACAGCAAUAACAGAACCUUUUUAGAAGAAGAAACUCAAAAUAGAGCAUUCUAAAAGCUUUAAUUUUAUGAGGAAAUAAAGAGACAGAGAAGGGAUGAAUCAGAAUAAGGCCAAUGAACCAAAGAAUACAACAUACAGAAGAGGAAGAGAAAUAAUGAAGAGCAAAAAAUUCUUUUUAGAAAAGGCAAAGAAAAUAAAAAUUUUAAAACAAAUUGAAGGGGGAAGAAAAGUUUCAUUUUUAAAAGAGGAAGAAAGGGGGAGGGAGAUUAGAUAACAAGAAGAAAAGAAGGAAAAAAUGGAAUUAAUAAGCAAAGAUCCAAAAUUAGGCAAAAUGGUGACAAAUUGGAGGGAUGUUGAGAGUGAAUGGAAGAGAGCUAGUGAAAUUAGGGUCACCUUCAAGUAGAUAAAUAAGCAAGUAAGCAAAAAUAACUGAAAGGGAAAAUUAGGUGACUAAGUGGAUUGAGCCAGAAAGAAAGGAGGCCCUGGGUUCAAAUGUGGCUUCAGACACUUCCUAGCUAUGUGACCCUGGGCUGAAAGUCACAUAACCCCCAAAGCUGAACCUUUACCACUCUUCUCCUUUUAAACCAAUACUUUGUAUUGAUACUAGGAAAGAAGAAGGAAAUUCUUAUUCAUAAAUAUAAAUAUGUAUGUAUAUAUAUGAGAGAUAAUUAGAAGAAUGUAAAUAGUUUAAACUAUUCAAUAAAAUGAAAAAAAGAAUGUCUGGACUAUUAUAUAUAUGUAUAUAUAUAAAGAAAGAAACAUAACUAAAAGACAGACAGACAUAAAAUAUAAAUGAGGAGCUUGAACAGAACUUACUAUGCAUCAUUUGAAUAAAAAAAAAGUAGAAGUUGCAAUCAUAUCAGGGAAGGCAAAGUCAAAUAUAAAACAAUAAAGAAGAAAACUAUAUUAGGAGAUGAAAUGAAGAUGUUGGAGUUUUGCCUAAGCUUACAAGCAUACUUCCACAACAAAGUAUAUCAGACCAAAUUCUGAUUGGAAAACUAAGAAAAAGUUGUAGUCAUUUUUCCAGCUUCCGGGCUAAUGUGGCUGCGGUAUAGAAGGAACUUUAUGACUCUCCCUACUACCAAUCACCACAAAGCAUCUCGAAAGGACAAAAAUCAAAAUCAGAUGAGGGAAGGGGCUCUACCAACAGGCUCAGCCUUGAAGGUGGACAGGGUUUGUGCAUUUCCAAGCUAUAAGGGGGUAAAAAUUACACCUACCAAAGCGUGAGCUGAUCACCCUUCUCCCACACUGCCUACAGUGCCAGAAUCAGAGCAAGGCCCAGGGUAAUCUCUGAAUUCUUGAGAGAUGGCUGAGGGUACCACAGACUUCCCCCUGAGGGCAGUACAAAACCUUGGCAGUGAGACUUGAAACCCAAGGCUGAGGAGUGUGGAGCAAGUGAGUGGAGACAGUGUAGAGAUGGGCUACCCACAGCAGACACCAGGGAGACUGGAAAAAUAGCCUCGGGGCAAAACACUUUGUAGCUUACUACACCAAGAGUUGCCUUCCCCCCUCACUCAGAUUUCUGGCUGGGAGGACAAAAUAAUGCAGAGAGAAAAAAACUAACACAGCAAUGGCUAACAACACUUAGGUAGGAACUAUAAUCCACAAGUACCAAAAGAAAUAAACUCCAACAGAAAAAGCCUAUGAUUCAGGAUAACUUCUGUGGAUAAAACCAAUAGGGUACCAAAGCAAUAGCAGAGAGUGACAAACAAGCAAAUAUAUCCAAACUUUCCCCCCCAAAAUGGAAAUUGGACACAAGCUCUCAAAUUCAAAAAAGGGAGUUCAAGAACCAAGUAAGAAAGAUAGAAGAAAAAUGGGAAAACUGGGAAAUAGAAAUGAAAGCAAUUCAAAAGGAAAAUAACAAUUUAAAAGAAAGAACUUCCCACUUGGAAAAUGAAGCACAGAAAUCACAUGAAGUAAUAAACAAACUGAAAACUGGAACUGACAUACUGGAAGCCAUGAAAAGAAGGAUAGACCAAAUCAAAAAGGGAAAUCAAAAGAUCAUAGCUAAAAAUCAGUCUUUAAAGACUGGAUGUGGGCAAGUGGAAGCUAAUCAUAUCACAAGACAGCAAGAAUUAAUAAAGCAAAGUCAAAAGAAUAACAAAAUAGAAGAAAACAUGAAAUAUCUCAUUCAAAAGACAACUGACCUAGAAAACAGAUCUAGGAGAGAGAAUUUGAAAAGCAUUGGUCUACCUGAAAACCUGGAAAAAAUAGAAGCCUUGACAUCAUAUUACAAGAAAUUAUCCAAGAAAACUGCCCUGAUAUUCUUGAACAAGAAGGCAAAAUAGACAUUGAAAGAGUCCAUACCCUAUACAUUAAAUCCUCAAAAGACAACCCCCAGGAAUGUAAUUGCCAAAUUCAAGAGCUUCCAAGCCAAGGAGAAAAUAUCACAAGAAGCCAGAAAGAGACAAUUCAGAUAUCAUAGAGCCCCAGUCAGGAUUACACAAGAUCUGUCAGCCUCCACACUAAAGGACUGCAAGGCUUGGAAUAUGAUAUUUAGAGAGGCAAGAGAAUUGGGUCUAGGGGGCAGCUGGGUGGCUCAGUGAAUUGAGAGUCAGGCGUAGAGAUGGGAGGUCCUAGGUUGAAAUCUCUCCUCAUACACUUCCCAGCUGUGUGACCUUGGGCAAGUCACUUAACCCCCAUUGUCUAGCCCUUACCAUUCUUCUGCCUUGGAGUCAAUCCAAGACCAGAAGGUAAGGGUUAGAGAGAGAGAGAGAGAGAAAGAGAGAGAGAGAGAGAGAGAGAGAGAGAGAGAGAGAGAGAGAGAGAGAGAGAGAGAGAGAGAGAAUUGUAAAACCAAGGAUAAUCUACCCAGAAAAACUGACACUUCUAGGGGAAAGUAUGGGCAUUUAACAAAAUAAAAGAUUUCCACCUAGCUGUGUGAUCCUAGGCAAGUCACUUACCCCCAUUGCCUAGCCCCUUACCACUCUUCUGCCUUGGAACCAAUAUACAGUACUGAUUCUAAGAUGGAAGGUAAGGAUUUUUUUUUUUAAAGAUUUCCAAAUAUCCCCAAAGAAUAAAUGGAAAAUUUGAUGUCCAAAUACGAAAUUCAAGAGAAACAUGAAAAGGUAAACAAGAAAGAAGGGAAGGGAAAUUUAAGGGCAUCAGUAAGGUCAAAUUGUUUAUAUUCCUAUAUGGGAAAAUUAUAUUUGUAACUCUUAAAAAUUGUUUUUUGAGUGAGGUGUGGAGAGUAUCAAAAGGGAGGGAAAGAGAGAGGGGAGGGAAUUUAAUAGAUUUUAAAGAAUAAGGGGGAAAUAAGAAGGGAGAAGGGGGUGGGAAGGAAAGUAAAAUGAGGGUGGGGAAUGGGAGACUGAUUAAAAGCAAAACACUGGUGUAGAAGGAAAUAGUGAAAGAAGAAAUGAUAGGACUAAAAGAAGAAAUCAAAAUGAUGGGGAAUACACAGAUGGUAAUUAUAACUCUGAAUAUGAAUGGGAUGAACUCACCCAUUAAACAAAAGCAUUUUUCCAGUCCAGAGCAGCUUAGGAAGAAAGAGAGGUCUGCCAACAUUCUGGGGUAGUGGCUAGGCAGGAGAGUUAGGUAGCAAUGACAUUAGAGUUAGGGAGUAUUCUAGUACCAAGGGAUGGAAAAGGAUCUGAGACAGAGCAAAACAGGGCAGGAAGCACAGGGGCAGAGAGAGAACCCCAGAAACUCCUGAACUAGUGAUGGGAGCAAGAAUGGGCUACUUCUCUGUCACUCAAUAUCCAUUUCUAGAGUUUAGACCCAGGAUGGAGAGGAGCAGUUGCUAGUAAGUAGGGAGCUAUAGAUGAAUAUUGAGUAUAGAAAAAAUUUCAUAAACUUGCUUGUAUGAUUCUGAGUCCAGGGCAGAAUAGUGACUUCAGUGGAAUAACCAGGGUAGGAUACUAAGAUCAAAGGAAAUCCAGUAAUUCGGUCAUUCUGAACCUGAGGAACCUCCUAGAAGUUUAACUUCUGGAAUCUAGACUGAAUCUAGCAGCCAUUUCCUGAAACUCGGCUAAACACAAGCCAACAGAUCCAACUUUUAGAAUCAAAUCAGGAGGGCAAUGAACAGAGAACAACACCCCAGAUCACACCACUUUGGAAGCACUGAAAACUUGUAAACCCCAAGUUUUAGUGGUAAAAGCAGCCUGAGAACAUGAAAGAGGCUCAAGCUUGGACACACACAACUCCCCUCCAGAAGUAAAGAGAUCCCAACUCUAAAAUAAAGGUGCAAAAUCAAGAAGUAAGAUUGGAAGAAUGGAUAAUCAAAAAAACUCAACACUAAAGAGUUACUAUGAUGACAGAAAAUAUCAAUGCUAAAUCAGAAGAUGUAAAGAUUAAAAUUUAGGGGAGAUGGGAAGACUGAGGCAGGUAGAAAUUAGUUCUCUCUGCAAGGAGUAUUAUAUUUUUUUAGAGGUUUAUUAAAGUUAAUGAUUAAAAGAAAAUUCAGGAUAAGAAAAAACACGUGUCUAGGCCAGAGGCCUAGACCUCACCUACAUUAUGGAAAGAGCCGUGUCUGCUCCAGAACGGAAGUCCAAAAAAAGCCAAACCCCUCAAAAGCCUUUGAAUCAGCUUAAAUACCUUCUCGAUCUCGGCCCAGGUGAGAUUACAAGGCAUUCUGGGGAAGUGGAGCAAAGGCUCGUGGGGAUUGUAGUCCUGUAUUCAAGUCUAUUUUUUACAAUCCCUCAUGUGAUCAUUUUUGGAAAAAUUAAUUUUUCCCCAAAAGGAUCAUAAAAACAUAAUAAACUUAAAAGAUUACAAUAGUGUGAGGAUAAGAGAAAAAAGAAUAAAACCAAUAAUUGCUGAACACAUUGACAAAAAGCCGUUAGGGGGCAGUCCCCUUUGGCAUAAAAGUAUACAUACAAAUAAAUGUUCAAUCAACCACACCCAAAGUUCAGUUUUGUGCAACUUGUGGUCUGGAGGCUUCUUCAUGGUGGCUUCUCCAACAGUUCAGUUCUGGAUUCAGUGAGGUAGCAUCUUCUUUACCUAAAAUUCUUCUCAAAAGGAAUUUAAACUUUGCAAUUUAAAUAAUGAUUUUUUUUUACAUUCCCCCGUGUUGUGGGUGAUUGAAAGAUUCAGAAUCAGUUAGGGAUACAUGGCUGAGGUAUGAGGUAUAUGAAUCAAUUGGCAAGAGAUAUUAAAAAGAUAUCAGAAAAUCCAAAAGAAAAGAAAAAUUUCUGGAUGAAAAUAUAGACUAUCAAAGUCUUGUGUAUAAAAAUUCCAAGUAGAAGAAAAAUAAAUCUAUAACAGGUCCUUAAUCAGGGCCCAAUCAAAAUGAUCUAAGUAAUGAUGCAUUUACCCAGUCAGUGCCAGGACUACAGAAAGAUACCACACUAUGAGAGGCAGAAAAGGAAGGGACCAGAUUAUAGAAGCCAAGUAGGAGCCAAGGUUUUGGGGAUACUCGUCUGUGAGUAUCUUCAGGGUGAGUGUGGAUACAAGGAAAGCCUAUGUCUUAACACAUGUUAAACAUAGUAACCUCGAGUCUUCACACUAGGUUCAAGACCUUUGUAUUGGCCUAGAAGUGCAUCAAUCCAUCCUGGAUUGGCUUUUCUUUGGCUCUGUGCAAUGGUUCUUGUGUGUAUAUCUUGUCCUGGAAUCAGACAGAAUCAUUAAGCAAAGUCCCAUAAUUUAUUUAAAUAAUUAGUGGCAUCGUUUUUAUAGUCACAAGCUUUUUAGGGCGUGCAUUAGCAAAUGUAUUUCAAACUUGUAGCACUGAAAAGUCAAAAAGUUAAAGAAAAUCUUAAUGCUGGUGACAUGUGCUUCAAAUAUAAAAAGGAGAGAAAAAAUAAUUUUAAAAAACCUGAAAAAGUAUAUUGCACAUGCAAGAAAAAUAUAAUAAUAAAAGAGCUUUAAAAAAUUCAAAAAUAUAGCUUAUAACCAUUGACACUCUGUGUCAGUUAAGAAAAUAUAAAAUACAAGGCUUUCUCACCAAAAAAUGAAAUCCAUUUCCUCUUUGUAUCUGGCCAUGAUCACUGUGAGUAGAAGGCAAAUGAAUUGAACAAGGUUAACAAUUUUUCCAUCUUUAAAAAUAUAGUAGUACAAAUAUGUAGAUAUCAAAAUCCCCAAAAUUCUCAAUAGCCCAAUUAAUUACAAUAGCAAACAAACAUACUUUCAUAUUUCACAUAAGUUGCUGUAUGACAUUUUUAAAACCUAUGAAUUGAUGGACAUUUGUCACAAUUUUUACAAACAUAGCAAUCCUUCAACCUUGGUAUUUAAACAUAUUUUUUAAAACAAAGUAAAACUCAUCUUGGGUUUAGAACAUAAUCAAGAAAUCUAUGUAUCAUUCUGGUAGAAGUAAAAUAGUGAGCUGAAGAGCAUAAAUAAAGGGGUGCUCCUUUUUUUUUGGAGGCUUAUAGGGAUACAAAUGCCCUGAGAUUAACUGCCCAACUUCCAUUCACAUGUGGGAAGGUUGGGGGUUUAUAAAAUGUAUUUCACUUCAGCUAAUGGGCCUAACCUCGUGGUAGAGGCAGGCAAAAAUAACCAGAUUGUUAAAAAAAAAUUCUAAAAAUCAUAUUUAAAAAACCCUUAAAAUCAAAUCAUUUGAGGUAUUUAGCACAUUAAAAUUCCAAAGGUUGUUAAUACAAUUAUAACCAGUUCUGAAGACCAUCUAUCCUCAGCAAAAUAGAAAAAAGCUGUUUUUUCAUAUAUGGGCUUAUUCACAACAAUAUUUGUUCAACACAGUUAUAGGGGAAAAACAGCAGAAUUUUAAAACUCAGUACAUUCAAAAUAAAUUCAAUCAACCUUCAGUUCACAGAAUAAUAUUCAAUCCAGUAAUAUAUGAACUUAAAAUCACAAAGUUAUAUCUUAAACAAAACAAUGCAAUAGAAUACAGAAAUUUUUUUAUAAACCAUUGGAGUCUGAAAUGCCUUAGAAUAUAGCCUUUAGUCUCUUCAAAGUUCCUUGGGUUUUUUUUGUUUGUUUGUUUUUAAUUAUCCAUUUAAAUGUCUAUUGUCCCAAGGUAGAGUAGUAAAGGCUAGGCUAUGGGGUUCAAGGGAUCCGUCCAGGGCACCAUAGCUGGGAAGCAUUGGAGGCCAGAUUUUAACUAGAGACCUCCCGUCUCUGGGCCUGGCUUCCAGUUCGCUGGGCCACCCAUUUUCCUCCCCAAAGUUAAAGUUGAAUCUUUGGGCUGAGUCUGCUCCCAGACAGGCAGGUAAAAUCAAUGAAAUUGCCAGAAGAGUCCAAAAUCCUUUUAAACCCAUUGCUUUUUAGGUUUCUGUUUGAAAAGUCUGUUUCUUCUCUCUAGUCUUUUCUCUCUUUCCCCUUUCUGAUACCCCUGUGGUCAAUACCCCCAUCCAGGUGGAGGCUUAGCCUAAGGGAAAAUUACCCGGUCUCCUUUCCCUCUCGUCUCUCCCCUCCGCCCACAUGGCCAAUACUGUUACCAGCACUGCGUCCUGAGUGAUCUGCUCCAAGGAUCUGGGUGAUGAGCCAACUGGGGUUGUGCUCGAGGGUCUGGGGUGCAGAAAUAGGCAGGCAGCGGGCCGGUGAGAGGCCAGGAGCAGGAGCUGGAGCUGCUGCAGGGGUGGGCAAGGCCGGGACCAGGUACCAGGUGAGGACGAUCAGGGCUGCAGGCUGCAGGCAGGAAGCGGCCGGGCGAGCCAGAUGGGGUGGGCAGCAGGUCCAGAGCCUGUAGCAGCUUUGUGAGGGUAGAAAACCUUGGCCAGAGAGAUAUGGCUCAAAAAAAAUUUUUUUUUCUAGGUACUAGAUAUCAAAGAUUAAAUCAGAAGAUUCAGAGUUUUUUCUCCCGAAGUGGUUACGCCAACUGUAAAGAUUAAAAUUUAGGGGAGAUGGGAAGACUGAGGCAGGUAGAAAUUAGUUCUCUCUGCAAGGAGUAUUAUAUUUUUUUAGAGGUUUAUUAAAGUUAAGGAUUAAAAGAAAAUACAGGAUAAGAAAAAACUCGUGUCUAGGCCAGAGGCCUAGACCUCACCUACAUUAUGGAAAGAGCCGUGUCUGCUCCAAAACGGAAGUCCAAAAAAAGCCAAACCCCUCAAAAGCCUUUGAAUCAGCUUAAAUACCUUCUCGAUCUCGGCCCAGGUGAGAUUACAAGGCAUUCUGGGGAAGUGGAGCAAAGGCUCAUGGGGAUUGUAGUCCUGUAUUCCAGUCUAUUUUUUACAAAGAAGACUUAUUUGAAAAUGUCCACAAGCAAAAUCUCAAAGAAAAAAUGCAUUUUGAACAUAAUCCCAACAAGAAUUUCUAAAAGAGUUAAAGAAGGCACUUUAAAAUUAUUUUUAAGCCCAAAUGAGAUUCAAAGAUAUGAAAAUAGAAUUAAUAGGGUUUUUUUUAAGGUGCAAAACCAUACUGAAGAAAAUAACUUCUUGAAAAUUGUCAUUGGCCAAACAGAAAAUAUUGACUCCAUGGGACAUCAAGAAAUAAUAAAGUCAAAAGACUUGAAAAAUUGAAAAAAUGUGAAAUACCUCUCAGGAAAAACAACUUACUUAGGGGAACUGAUCAAGGAAAGAUAAUUUAAGAAUUACUGGAUUACUUGGAACUCAUGAACAACAACAACAAAAAGAACCUAGAUGUCAUAUUUUAAGGCAUUAUAAAAGAAAACUGUCCUUUUAGAACCAGAGGACAAAGUAAUAAUAGAAAUAAUCCAGUGAUCACUUUUUGAAAGAACUCUUAAAAUUAAAACUCCAAAGAACAUGAAAGCCAAAAUCCAAAGCUUCUAGGGAAAAGAAAAAAUAUUGCAAGCUGGAAGAAAGUCUGGAAGAAAGAAAUUAAGUAUCAAGGAACCACAGCCAGGAUCACAAAAUAUUGGGCAUCUGCUACUCUAAAGGAAAGGAGAGCUUGGAAUGUACUUUUACAGACAGCAAAGGAUGUAAGAUUACAAUAAAAAAUAACCUACCAAGCAAAAUUGAAUAUAAUCUUCUGGGGGGGGGGGGAUUGGAUAUUUAAUGAAAUAAAAGAUUAAAGCACUCUGAUGAAAAGGACAAAGUUAAAUAGAAAAUUUAACAUUCAAACAUGGGUCUCAAGAGAAAUAUGAAAAGAUAAAUAUGUAAGUGAUAUCAUAAGCAUCUUAAUAAGUUAAAUUUAUAUUCCUGAUAAAUGUAACCCCCACAUAUUUUUGAUAUCAUCAGGAAUUUUAGAGGUAUUUAAAUUAGAGAACCUAGACAUGAUUUUAUUAUGUUUAGAUGACCUUAAAAAGAAGAAUGGAGGGGGUGUGAAAGAGGACUACACUGGGAAAGAGAGGAAGGUGAAGAAUGGGAAGAAAUAUCUCACAUUGAUGUGGUACAUAUGGAAGAGUUUGUACAAUGGGAAGUGUAUUGGGGGGGGGGGGGAGUACAACACUAAAACUUUUAUCAGAACUGGUUCAAAGAGGGAAGAAUAAAUGUAAACACAGUUGGGUAUAGAAACUCAUCUUCCUCAACAAGGCAGUAGGAAGAAAAUAUUUUAAGAGAAAGGGAGUGAGACAAGAAGGAAGAUAGUAGGCUUGUAGUCAAUAGCAAAACAUACCAUUAAAGAGAAAAUGGGGUUAAAAAAAGAAGGAUAAGCAAAUAGAAUGGAGGGAAACAUACAAUUAGCAUUUAUAACUGUGAAUGUAAAUGAGUCUAUCUCGGUCAUAAAAUGGAAGAGGAUUGCAGAAUGAAUGAAAAACUAGAAUCCAAUAAUAUGUUGUUAACAUGAAACAGAUUUGAAAUAGCAAAAUACAAAGUUAAAAAUAAGGAGUUGGCGUAGAAUCUGUUAUGUUUUAGCUGAAGGCAGGGGUAGUAGUCAUUAUCUCAGACAAAGCAAAAGCAAAAAUAAAUCUAAUUAAGAGAUAAACAAGAAAACUAUGUUUGGCUAAAAGGUAAUAGAUGAUAUCAAUACAGAACAUAUAUGUACUAAACAGUAGAGCAUCUAAAUUCUUAAAAGGAAAUUAAAUAAGUUAUAACAAGAAACAGUCAAACUAUAAUAGUGGAGGAAUCUCAAUUAACUUCUCUCAGACCUAGAUAAAUCUAGCCAUAAAAUAAACAAAAAGGGGGGAAGCUGGGUAGCUCAGUGGAUUGAGAGCCAGGCCUAGAUACAGGAGGUCCUGGGUUCAAAUUUGGUCUCAGACACUUCCCAGCUGUGUGACCCUGGGCAAGACACUUGACCCCUAUUGCCUAGCCCUUACCACUCUUCUACCUUGGAACCAAUAUACAGUAUUGACUCCAAGAUGGAAGGUAAGGGUUUAUAUUUUUUUUAAAAAUAAACAAAAAAAGGAGCCAAUUAAAAUUAUAGAAAAGUUAAAUAAUACUGAUGUUUAGAGACUGACUGAGAAUAGAAAGGAAUAUACUUAUUCCUCUGCUGUGCAUAGCACCUUCCAAAAUAUCAUGUAUUAGGGCAUAAAAACCUCAAAAAAAAAGUAAAAUUCAAAAAAAUUUUCAGAAAAGUAGAAAUAUUAUACACAACUCAUUCUAGACAUAAUAUAGUUUUUUUAAUGCACUGAAGGACUUUUUUGAAAGUCCUGGAUUAAAAACUAAUAGGGUCAAAAACAAUUGUCAAAAAUUGUUUCCACAUGUAACUAAAAAAAAAUUAAUAGGAAAUUAAAUAACUUAGUUCUAAAGAAGGGGUAAAUGAAAGAAGAAAUCUGAAAAAGAAUCAAUAAUUCCAUUAAAGGUAAUGUCAACAAUGAGAUAACAUACCAAAAUCAGUACUUGGAAAAAAUGUACAUUUCCAAACUCUUCCAUAAAUAAAAGAGAGAACAAAUCAACUAAUUGGAUAUACAGCUAAAAAAAAUUUUAAACAACAAUUAAACCUUAUUUCAAUUAAACAGAAAUCAUAAAAAUAGAAUUAGAAAUCCUAAAAUCUAGAAACAGAGGUACUAAAAAUUAAAGGAGUUUAAGAAAAAAAGAAAGUUUUUAAAAUUGAUCUACUAAAACUAGAAACUGGCUUUUACUAAAAAAAAAAAUAAAACUGAAUUCAUAAUAUCAAAAAAUGGAAAAGUGAAUUCAUAACUAAUGAAGAAAAAAUAGAAGCAAUUAUUAUAUCAUACUUAUAUAUAUGUCAUAUAAUAUGUAUAAUAUAUAAUGCUGAACUAUAUGCCAAUGAAACUGAAAACCUAAAAUAAAUGGAUAGUUACAAAACUAUAAAUUGUCUAAAUUAAUGGGAAUGGAAACUAAAAUGGGAAAUAAAAUACUUAAAUUACUUUUAGCAUAGAAAAAAAGAAAUUGAUACCAUAAAUGUAUUCCCUAAGAAUAAAGGACCAGAUGGAUUUACAUGCUAUUUCUACCAAACAUUUUACUUAUUUUUAGAAACCCUCACCUUCCAUCUUAGAAUCAAUACUGUAUAUUGGUUCCAAGUCAGAAGAGUGGUAAGGGCUAGGCAAUGGGGGUCAAGUGACUUGCUCAGCGUCACACAGCUAGGAAGUGUCUGAGGCCAGAUUUUAACCUAGGACCUCCUGUCUCUAGGCCUGGCUCUCAAUCACUGAGCUACCCAGCUGUCCCCUCACAGUUAUUACCUAUACUGUUGGAAAAAAAUAGGCAAAGGAGUCCUACAAAAUUCCUUCUCUGACACAAGGUCUUGACACUUAAACCAUGGAGAGUCAACAUGGAGAAAGAAAACUAUAAACCAAUUCUCCUAAUGAAUAUUGAUGCAAAAAAAUUUUUAAGUAAAAUAUUAGAAAAGGGAUUAUAACAAUAUAUUACAGAGAUCAUAUACUCUGGUCUGACUAGAAUGCAGAGCUUGUUCAAUAUUAGGCAAACUAUUAGUAUAGUUUACCACAUUAACAAAAACAAAAAUGAUUAUGUAUUUCAAUGGAUAGAGUUUUUUUACAACAUACAAUACCCUAAUUCUAUUUUUAAAACACUAGAAAACAUGGAAUAAAUGGAACUUUCCUUAAUAUGAUGAGUAGUAUCUGCAACUAAGAGCAAGCAUUAUUUGUAGUAAGGAUAAGCUGGAAGCUUUUCCAGUAAUAUCAGAGAUGAAGCAGGAAUGUCUAUUAUCACCAAUUCUAUUCAAUAAUGUACUGAAAAUGCUAGUUAGAGAAAUAAGACCAAACAAAUGCAAUUAGCAAACAAAAUAUCACUUUUUUUACAGAUGAUAUGAUGGUAAGAGAGUCAACAAAAACAAAAACAAAAACCUAAUAACAAUGCACAACUUCAUUCAUUUUUUUUAACAUUUGUUUUCUCUAAAAUUCUGAUUUCCAGGGCUGCAGCUAGGUGGCUCAAUGGAUUGAGUGCCAAGCCUGGAAAUGGGAAGUCCUGGGUUCAAAUGUGACCUCAGACACUUCCUAGCUAUGUGACUGUUGGCAAGACACCUAUUCCCUAUUGCCUAGCCCUUAAUACUCUUCUGCCUUAGAACCAAUACACAGUAUUGAUUCUAAGAUGGAAGGUAAGGGUUUAAAAAAAUUUUAAUAAAAUUUUGAGUUCCAAAUUUUCUCCCUCCUUUCCCUGACUCCUUCCCACUCCUCCCCUCUCCUAGGAUGGUAAGCAAUCUAAUAUAGAUUUUACAAUAAUAUACAAUGUCAGCAAAGUUGCAGUAUAUAAAAGAAACCCCCACAAAUCACCAGCAUUUGUAUAUAUUGACAACAAAAUGCAAAAGGAAGAAAGAGAGAAAUAUCAUUUAAAUAAUUAUAAUGUAAAAUACUUGGAAACCUACAUACCAAAACACAUAUGGGAAGUAUAUGAAUAUAACUACUUCACAUAAAGGCAUCUAAAUAACUAGAGAAAUGUUAAUUGCUCUUGGAUAGGCCAUUACUAUCUUAAAUUAUAAUACUAUCUAGAUUUAUUUACUUAUUCAGUUCAUUACCAGUUAAGUUACCAAAGAAUUAUUUUACGGAGCUAGGGAGGAAAAAUGGUCUAUAGUAAUAAAAGGACAAGAAUAUCAGAGGAAUCAAUGAAAAAUAAAGGGGAAGGAAGAGAGACUAGCAGCAGAGGAUCUCAAACUAAUCUACAAAGCUAUAAUCAACAAAACAAUUUGGUAAUAGGUAAGAAAUAGGUCAAUUAGUGAAAUAGAUACACAAUAUACAGAAGCAAAUGAAAACAGUAACCUAGCAUUGGUAAGAUCCAAAGAUAAAGUUUUGUAGUGAGAACUGACAAAAACUAUUGGGAAAGCUGGGAAGUAAUCUGGCAGAAACUAAGUUUACGACAAUAUCUCACACCAUAUACCAAUAUAAACUCAAAGAGAGUACAUGAGUUAGACCCAAAAGUUGAUAUCAUAAACAUAUUAGUGGCCCAUAGAAGAAAUUGCCUCUUAAACAUUGUGGGAUAAUCAAAUGUGAAAGAUUUUGCUAAUAAAUUAAUGCAAUGAUCCAGGACAAUUCCAAGAGACUUAUGAGAAAGAAUGCUAUCCACAUUGAGGGAAAGAACAACUGGAGAAGAAAUGCAGAAGAAAACAUAUGAUUUAUCACUUGUAUAUACGGGUAUAUGAUUUGGGGUUUUGGUUUUAAAAGAUUACUCUAUUACAAUAAUGAAUAAUAGGAAAAUAUGUAUCAAGUAAUAACACAUAUAUAACCCAGUGGAAUUGCUUGUCAGCUUGCAGAGGGGAGGGAGAGAAUAUGAAUUAUGUAACCAUGGGAAAAUGUUUUUUUAAUUAUGUUUAAAAAAUUACCUCUUGGACCAAUGGAGAGAGGAAGAGUUCGUUACCAAUGAAGAGAUUGGUUCAUUAGAGAUAAAAUAUAUCAUUUUUAUCAGAUAAAUUAAAAAAAAAAUUUCACACCAACAAAACUAAUUCAGCUAAAAUUAGAAAGUGGCAAACAAUCAUUGCAGCAAGUUUCUUUGCUAAAGGUAUAAUUUCUAAAAUAUGUAGCUAACUGAGUAAAAUUUUCAAAAAUAAGAGCCAUUCCCCUUUUGGUAAAUGGUCAAAAGACAUGAGUAGUUUUCAAAGGAAGAAAUCAAAACUGUACCAUCUCACACUUACCAACUGGCUCUGAUGACAAAAAAGGGGAGAAGGGAAUACAUGUGAAAGACAGUCCUAAAGACCCAAAUAGAGGGUUAUGAUGUUAUCCGCAUGAUGAUGUAGUUCUAUGACAUUAAUAAUUGAAAUAUGAACUGGGUACCAUUAUCAUUUGUUAUGCUAAGAUGUCUUC